AUGGUCGUAUCUGCACCUCAAGGUUCGGAAUCAACAAGUGGUUCUUCCGUAACCAUUCCGCCGACAUUUCCGUUGGCAAUGCCUUCAAAUCUAACCGCAGAAGAUUGGAUGGGACUAAUUCGAGCCUUCCAGUCACCUGCUCCACCUUUUCCUGAGUUUUACGGUCACGAUUACGAGGAUCCACGGAAGUACUUGCACAAUUGUGAAAGAUACUUUCGUACUGCCCGUACGGAUCCCGAUCAACGUACUCAGCUCGUAAACAAAGGUCUUAAGGGGGAUGCACAAAAAUGGUGGUCCCUGUAUAAAGAUUUGUGUUUCUCUUGGGAUGAUUUCGAAUCAUUCUUCCUGUCUAAAUUUGCCAAUCCGACUGCCGUAAUGCGCCUUCAGGCUUCUUUAUACUCCCAUACACAGGGAGAAAAAGAACCCGUCGCCGUAUUCCUACAACAAAAAUUCUUGCUUGCCAAAAGACUGAAUGUGCCAUUAUCCCCAAUGGAGCUGACGUCACUGCUUCUCGAAUCCGUAAAACCGGCAUUACGUUGUCUAAUACGGCCAACUAAUCCGAGUAGUUUUCCGGAACUUUUAGAAGCUGCUACAAAAGCAGAGAAGGAUGUAGCCGACUGUGCUGCCCGCAAACCUACUCCGGUUAGAGAGGAAGCUCCUCGGAAGCCCAAACCGGAAAAUACGGAUAGUAAACAGUUACGGCUGCCGCCAUGCCACUAUUGUCCGGAGCACCAUUACCACCGAGAUUGUCCCGUUUUCCAAGCCCAGCGACCUCGUUCGACUCCGGAAAACUGGCGAGCUCCGGCGGGGGCAAGUGCCCCAGCUCCCGUCGAAACAAAGCCCCAAUCUUAA